AGCCAUGGCGGCCCCGCAGCCGCCGCCCCCGAAGCCCUGGGAGAACCGGAGGAGCCCGGGGGCCCCGCCGCCGGGACAGGGCCCCGGGACCGCCUACCAGUCCCCUGAUUUGGGACCUAAUUUGCUGACAAGACCCGGACAGCCAACGCUUACCCGCAUCCCCCCACCUAUUCUGCCAAGACCAUCUCAGCAACCAGGAACUAGCAGCCUGAACACUUUUCGACCCGCGUACAGUUCCUUUUCUUCAGGCUACAGCUCCUACGGAAACUCAUUUUAUGGGACUUACAGCCCCUACAGUUACGGAUAUGGCGGGUUGGGCUACAACCGAUUCCGAACAGAUGAUCUUCCUCCCAGCAGAUUCGUUCAACAAGCCGAAGAGAGCAGCAGAGGAGCGUUUCAGUCCAUUGAAAGUAUCGUCCACGCGUUCGCUUCGGUCAGCAUGAUGAUGGAUGCUACCUUCUCAGCGGUGUAUAACAGCUUCAGGGCUGUCUUGGAUGUAGCCAAUCAUUUUUCCCGAUUGAAAAUACACUUCACAAAGGUGUUUUCAGCUUUUGCACUAGUCAGGACUCUAAGAUAUCUCUACAGACGGUUGCAGCGGCUCCUGGGUUUGCAGAGGGGCUCUGAAAAUGAGGACUUAUGGGCUCAGAGUGAAGGAACCGUGGCAUGCAUUAGCCCUGAAGACAGAGCGGCCAACUCGGCAAAAUCUUGGCCAAUAUUCCUGUUCUUGGCUGUUAUCCUCGGAGGUCCUUAUCUCAUCUGGAAGCUGCUGUCCUCACAAAGCGAUGAAGUUACAGGUACCUCCAACUGGGCAAGCGGUGAAGACGAUCACGUAGUUGCCAGAGCAGAGUAUGAUUUUGCUGCUGUAUCUGAGGAAGAAAUUUCUUUUCAUGCAGGUGAUAUGUUGAAUUUAGCCCCCAAAGAGCAACAACCCAAAGUGCGUGGCUGGCUCUUGGCUACUGUUGACGGUCGAGCAACAGGACUCGUGCCAGCUAAUUAUGUCAAAAUAUUGGGGAAAAGAAGAGGUAGGAAAACAGCAGGUCUGGAUAAGAUUGCAGAGCAGAAAAGACCUUUUACCAAUCCAGCAGCAGUUAAGGAAGUCUCUAUUGCUGCUGACUCUUUGGAGGAACAGGAAGCUGCCUUUGAGUCUGUUUUUGUUGAAAGUAGUAAGGUUCCAGCUGUCUCUGACUCCACUGCUAAAAUUUGUGAUAAGCAAGAUCUUUGAAGCCCUCUGAGUCCAUUUGAAAUUGAACUAAUCCAAAGUACUUUGUUAUUUUGUUAAAACAUAAUAGCUGAUUCACCUGUUCGAUUUAGCUCUCCAGAUUCAUAGUCGUACUAGUAACUGUCUAAGUUUGGAAUUAAUGAGCUGCUGUAGAGACCAAGGGCUAUUCUCUGAAUUUCCGAAACAGGAAGCCCUGAGAAAUAGGCAGCCUAUUUGGUGUUGGAUACUCACUAAUGCUCCGUGGUUUGUGGAAAGAGGGGAUUUAAUGUUUUUUGGUGGAACGGUAGUCAGUCUUAAAACUUUAAUGUUCCUGGAAGAUAUAAAAGGAAAUCUCCAAAUCUGGGAGUUUAUAUUUACAUGUAUUUAUGCAUAUAUAGAUGAAUAAACAUAGAACAGAUUUGAGUAAAGAUUGUACUGUUUGUGAAGAAUUGAUUUCAUAAAUAAUUAUUUUAUAACCAAUGUGACUUUUCUGACAGGGCCAUUUAGGAACAAAUGUCGCAAACAAAAUGAGUGAUUUUUCUUCUCCGAGAUUGAUGCUAGUUCUACAGCACUUUGAGUGAGUCAAAUGACGUAGCCACGUCUAGCAAUUUUGUAUUUUAUUUGAAUCCAUUCAUUGCAUCCAUCUGCUUUUACUUAAGCACAGUGGCUUUUUAAAAAUUUUCAUGACAAGGUCUGUCUGUCCUGAACUCCCCUCAUCAAGAAUGUAUCUCUUUCAGUUUUAUCUUAUAAAUCUAGAUUUUGCUACUGACCAAGCAUAAAUGAUGUAAUGCCUUAUGGAUAAGACAGUUGACACAUUUCGUGCCUUGAAAAGCUCAGUGCAUCUAGAUUCCCCCCUAUGAAAUUUAAAAAUUUUAGUAUAUAAGCCAUAACCGUACUAUAAUAGCUGAACUGAAAAUGAUUUUUCUUCACAAAUUCAAAAUAAAUAUUAAUAUGGGGAGUAUUCAUGUAUAUAAAGCUUCAAACUGUGUAAUACGUGACUCUCAUGGAAGUGUUUUCUUCCAUUUCAUUGGAUUCUCUGAAUACCAAUUUCGAGUGCCUGAAUGAAUAAUGUUGAAACAGCCAAAAUGGGUUAAAAGGAAUGGUCUCAACGUGUUUCAGAGAGGGGAGGAAAUUUCUUAAAAGUCAAGGUUUCUCCAGCAUUUUUUAAUGGAAGGCAGCACAGGUUUGGAUUCUCAACACAGACCCUCCUGAGUCUGUGAAAGUUCUUAGAAAUCAGGAUUUUUUAGAGAAUAAAAUGGACCAUAUUAAUAUAUUGCAUGAAUGCAAAGUUAAAACAACCUUCAAAAUGCAUCAUUUGGCGAUUAACAUUUAAAUUGAAGCACGUGAGCAGCAUCUUAAAAUUAUUCUUUGUUAUAAAUGGCUCAUGAUAUGGUCUGUCAUGAAUGAAUUUGCUGAAACAGGGAUGAUGGAAGUGUGUUCUCAAGUAAAGAUGCUCCUAACUUGGUACAGUGUUAACUUUGUUAGGUACCGAUACAUUGUAUGACAGUUUAAUGGGAAAGCGUUCAACUAGUUAGGCUGGCAGAGUGCAUUUGUUAUAACAGGGUAGGCCUGUGCCAGGAUGACUAAUUACGGUUAAGGAAGGGAGAGAGAAGUGUACCCGCCAUGAGUGAGGUAAAUGAAAAUCUUUUCUUCUUCUAUUGAAUGAUUUUUCAAUAUGAUUUUUUGUUGUUUGUUGGCUCAGCAUGUUGGGACGUAGUGUACCUGAGUAAAGCGUUACUAACUGCAUUUUGAUGACCUGAAGUCUCUUUUUCCGAAACAGCAACAGCGAACCAAGGGCCAGAAGCAGAGGAAGCACCUGACUUAUUUAAAAAUCACAAAUUUCUCAAUAUCAUUUUUCAGUCUGAUAGGGCUUUAUUUGUUUUUGAAGGAUAAUUUUGUCAGCCAAAACGAGCUCAAAAUAUAUUACCCUCUGAAUAUAAUGAAAUUACCUUUAAGUUGUCCAUCAAGACUUAGGUUUAACGUAUCUUUUCUAAUCAUAUAAUUUUGAGAUUAUAGCCUAAUGGCUUUAAAAGAGGAGAACUCUAGUUAUCAGACCUCUAACAUUUUCAUUUUGUAAUAGCUUAAUUAGUCAAGCACUGUACAGCCUUUAUUCAUACUGUAACUUGAAUAGAGUUGUCCUUCAUAAGCUCUCACUGAUGGAAAAAAGGAUGGAGAAAAAUGUUAUAUUUUAUUAAGUUGUGAAAUUUUGUGACUGUAAAUAAAGGUAUUUAAACAC